GUCAAAGCCAGCAUUUGGAUUGUACCUGAAGGAGGGAAUUUAUCACUUUAUAAUCGCUUCACUGUGUCUGGAAACAUAAAGUUCUUCUGUAAGGAAAAAUGUGAGAGAGCAGAAAACAUCCUCAUUAAAACAGAUGAAACCACAGCUCAGAGCGGCAGAUUCAGCAUUGAAUACAAAAAUGCAUCUUCAGGAAGAGGAAGGCUGUCUUUCACCAUCACACAUAUGAUUAAGUCUGACUCAGGAAUGUAUCGGUUUGGUUUGGGUAAAUCUUCAGCUCCAGAUUCAUACUCAGACCUUGAGGUCAGAGUUUCAAAUGAAUUUAAUAAAAGCUCUGGAUUCUUCCGUGCGCAGACUGAGGGAGAAGAAAUCUCAUUUCCAUGUGCCAAUGCUGUCAAUGGACAGAGGAAGUUCCUUUGUAAGAAUCCGUGUGAAAAAGAAGGAAAUAUUUUCAUUGACACAACUAAUGACAAAGCUGAGAAUGGCAGGUACAGUAUCGAAUACACAAAAGGAUCUGCGUUUGGACUGUAUGCAACCAUCAGACAGCUGACCAAGUCUGACACGGGACAGUACUGGUGUGGUUACGGCGACCCUUUGUCUCCUGAUUCAUACCACACUGAAAAUAUUUUUGUCGUAGGGGCUUCAAACCCCCACACCUCUGCACCACCAACAACGCAGACUCAGAGUUUCACUUCAGCCGUCUCCACACCUUCAUCAGAGUCUUCCAAUUCCUUCUUGCCUCUGGUUGUCUGUGUGAUAGUUGGUAUUUUACUGUUAUUGGUUUUACUGGUGCUCCUCUACAUUUGGAAGAAAAAGAAAAACUUUGGACAGAGCCUUAGUGAAACUGCUGGUGACACAAGAAUGCAGGUAUCAGCCACAUAAGAAAACUGUGGUCCAACCUCCAAACAUGAAGACUUCAAAGUUCCAGGAACAAACCUGCUCUGCAUUUAUAACGCCAGAAAUAUGGAAAAAUACAUUGCAAUGCAGCACUUGAGGUAUAAUCAAAACUUGUCCCAUACAAACCAAGAACCUUGCUCAUCCUCCAAAGUCAUCUCCUCUUCCACCUCCACAGCACGCUGACAUUCAUGUGGAACGUCCCAACAUCCAGCAGUUUUCAGUAGUUUUUCUUUUUUAUUUGAAGACUCCACAGUUGUGAAAUCUGAGUGCAGUGUGUCAGAGAAGAUGCAUGAUCAAGAGCAUGAUGACUGAUUUUUUUAAUUUUUAUUUUCAGUAUUUUCAAUAUUCAGUAACAGCUGAAAGCAUUUGAGGGAAAACAGUGAGAGGAAUUAAGGAUGGGUUUAAAAAAUUGAUUUUCCAAUUCAAAUGCACAGCUCUCGCUCAGUGUACUCAGAGACCAGUUUACCAUCUCAAAUCUUUAUUUUCUGCAUUAUUCAAUUUAAAAUCACUAAUUAACCUAACCUCACUAAGUGCAUUUUUUGGAAGGAAGCUUGAGUACCGGGAGAGAAGCAACAAAAACACAGGGAGGACACACAAAGUCCACACAGAAAGGCCCCGGCUGGGUGCUGGACUCAAACUCACGACUAUCUUGCUGUGAGGUAACAAUCCUCCACCGAGCUGGCCUCAUUCUGUCACUGUGCAUUUUCAUUGUGUUCUCUGGUUCUUCGGGCCUUUUGGUGUUGCUGAGCGGUUCAGGAGUUAUUGCUUUUAUCACUCCUGCAAACUCUCUGAUUGUUGUUGUUUUUGUUUGGGGUUUUUUUUUCAGCCUAAUCAUGGAUUCUCUUGCAUGCCUUGCCAACUCUUUCGACCUAAUACUGAGGUCCAGUGUAAUGCUAUGGAAUACAUUUUCAGCACUUGGAGUCAAUCAAGGUCCUUUAUCUGCUUUCUCUGUGAAAUAUUUUUUUUUCUUCUGAACUGUAAGUGGAAACAAAAGGGGGAAAAGAUAAAUUCAGUCACAAACUACAUUUUAUAGAGAAAUCACAAGAAGCCACACUGUCACUAUUGUUUUCAACAUUUUAUAUAUUGGUUUUAUAUUUUUGUCUGAAUAACUGAGUAUUUUAAAUAUUUAGUUACUGACAUCAUAGUCAUCUUUCUGUCACAUUUCUUUAAAUGUUUGUUUUCUGUUGCUAGAGGCUGCUACAAUGUCUCCUUGAUGUAACUUCAUUAUGGAAUCAAUAAUUAUUAAUUUGUUUUUGUGGCUACCUGAAAUGUUAAAAAAGUGACAACAAUAUAGCCAUAAAUAAUAGAAACCCACAUUCAGUUCUAUUAUGUUCAUUGAUAUAAAUUUCCAUUUUAAUCAAAUGUGUUAUUUUUUUACAUGUGUUUUGUGGACACCUGUGGGCUGUGCUGUGUGAGUAUGAUGCCCACCACAGUAGCUCCUUAUAGAAACAAAGUGAGAGCCGUGUCUGUGAACUUGGCACAAAGUGAAGCAUAAUUUCGGUGGGUGUUGGAUCCCCCAGGUUGGCUGUUGUUUCCAGCCUGAGAAUAGCAUCUGUCAGAGUAAUAUUUCUGGAUUGUCAUUUGUACUUAGAAACAUAUAAUCAUUUAUGCUUAGAGGUAUAUAAUCGUUUGUACAGGGUGGGCCAUUUAUAUGGAUAC